UGUUAUUGCCGAACGUCGAAAUUUCAACUACAUUGUGUAGACGUUUGUGGUCGUCGCGUGGAUUGUGAUCAACCCUGCAAGUUGUUGACAGAACAAUCUAAACAACUGACAACGAUCAAAAGUUCUUUUCCCGAAGUUGAUCUUCAAUGGCAAAUGUCACUGUUGGAAGCAGGUUUGUAAGUGAUGGCAACUAUGGCACUGUGAAGUACAUUGGAGAAGUGCCACCAACUGCUGGAGAGUGGCUUGGUGUUGAAUGGGAUGAACCUGAGCGGGGUAAACAUGAUGGUAUGCAUGAGGGUCAUAGAUUUUUUCACACAAACCAUCCCACCAGUGGUUCGUUCAUCAGACUAAAGAAGGCAGAGUUUGGAAUUUCUUACUGUGAAGCGUUAGUUGAAAGAUACGGUAUGCCGGAUGAUGAGGAUAUGGGAAUUGAAAAAUCUGAAUGGUUUUUCAAAACAUACGGCAAUAAACAAAAAGCUGUAGAAAUGGUUGGUGCACAGUCUGUAGCCAAACUGCAAAGAAAUCAAGAUGUUACAGAAUUAGAUUUAUCUAAAAAUCUACUGUCCUCUUUGGAACAAGUUGCGAACAUAACCAAGCAGAUGAAGUCUUUAAAGACAUUGAAAUUAAGUGAGAAUAGAUUACAGUUACCAUUACAAUCAACGAAACUUGACACCGCUUUCCAGAAUGUAUCUGAAUUAUUUCUUAAUUAUAUGAAACUAACAUGGAAAGAUAUUGUCCAGCUUUCACCAGUCUUACCAAGUUUAAAGAAUCUUCAUGUGUGUUUUAAUGACAUUUCAACAAUACCCAGGUUAGACAAUAGUUUUGAAUCUUUAGAGCUGUUAAACUUAGAAUCUAAUAACAUUGCUGACUGGAAGUCUGUGCAACAUUUAGGUCAAUUACCAAGGCUAUCAUCGCUCAUUCUUAAUAUGAAUUCUAUACCUGAGAUAUCAUUUAAAGAAACCGCCUGUGGAGAAAAGACAAAACUAUUUCCGGCUUUGAAAUCUAUAUCACUGAAUGACAAUAAACUGUCCAGUUGGAGAGAUGUUAACGAAUUGAACAAAUUAACAGGUCUUGAAGAAAUCAGACUUAAGCGUAAUCCUCUUUUGAAAGAUCAGAAGUAUUUCAACGUCAGGCAGCUUAUCAUCACCAAAAUUGAAACAUUAAAACUGUGCAAUGGUAGUGAGGUUCCAGAUAUUGAAAGGAAAACUGCAGAGUUAGAUUAUCUGAAAAGAUUUGGCCAAGAAUGGUUGGAUAGUGGUGGAAGUCAAGAUCUGGCGAUAAACAGACCCAGUGAUGAUUUCAAGAUAAAUCACCCAAGAUAUCAUAGGCUGUUGGAACGUUCCAGAUAUGAAAGGAAAACUGCAGAGUUAGAUUAUCUGAAAAGAUUUGGCCAAGAAUGGUUGGAUAGUGGUGGAAGUCAAGAUCUGGCGAUAAACAGACCCAGUGAUGAUUUCAAGAUAAAUCACCCAAGAUAUCAUAGGCUGUUGGAACUUUAUGGAGCACCGGAAAGCUCAGAAUUUUCUGCAGCGCCCUCUACAGCUCUGAAGAAUACACUGAUAAAAGUGACAAUUGUAUGUCCCCAGAAACCAGAAAUUAAAGCAGUCUCUAAAAAGUUACCAGGAUCAAUGACAGUGCAGAAAGUGAAAAACUUGAUAUCUCGGAUUUUUAAAGUCGACACAACAGAUCAGCAGCUGGCGUAUAUCAGCAAAAAGAUGGGAGGUCCAGAAGUUGAGCUAGAGAGUGAUUUGAGACAGUUAUCUUAUUAUUCACUGGAAAAUGAAGACACUAUCGUAAUUAAAUUCUAAGUCUGGAUAUGUGUACAUGCAGCAAACAAUGUGUUGUAACCAUGCAGCUAUACCUACAUGUGCUGAG